AUGAAACCAACCCGCGUGGAUUCGACUUUGCCGCCUUCUACUACGGCUGCUACACAUCCCGCCGCCGAUCCCUCCGCCGGUCCCGCCGCCGAUCCCACCCCUCCUCCCGCUGCGCCUCCUUCCGCGCAGCCGGCCCCUUUCCUGAGCCCGUCGCGCCCACUGAUGGAACGCCUGCAGCGGUGGAAGCGCAUCUUCGGGCCGCGCCUCGUGCUGCUUCUCCUCCCCGACGGCUCUAUGAAGAUGUAUGCGCCGGGCGGAAAGACUCCCGCGCAUUCCGCCUCCAGCGGGGAUCUCUUCGGCGGAAAGACGCCCGCGCAUUCCGCCGCUAACGAGGAUCUCCGCGGCGGAAAAAAUCCCGCCAGCGGCGGAGACGUGCCCGCGCCGGUCAUCGCCGGGCUUCCGCGCGUCCUUGACUCCGCGCACCUCUCCCGUUCCGCGCGCCACCACACGCGAAGUCGGGUUCCGCGCAGGCCCCGCGGAGGCGGCGGAAGGGCUUCGGCGCGGCAGCUGACGGUGGCUGACGUCAUGCGCGAGCAUCCUGGGUAUUCCGUGGGAUCCAUGUCUUCGAAGCGCGCCGUGCUGCCGCGGGAUAAGGUGCUGCACCCGGGAGGGACGUAUUACCUCUCUAAACCGGCCCUCGCGGCGCAGGGCGCGCUGGAAACGCAGAGCGCGGAAGGGAAGGGCGCGGGAGGGGAGAGCGCGGAAACGGAGGGCGCGGAGGGGCAGCGCGGGAAGCAGCAGAGCCCGAAUCAGCGGGGCGCGCAAGCAGCUAACGAACCCGCGGGGCGCGGACUUCAAGUAGGAGGAACAACAGCUUCAUCAAGCGCCGGCCCUGCGCGUGACGGGCUGGUGGAGGGAGGGGGAGACGCACAGGCGGAUGAAGAUCCGGGGGGAGCAGAUCACGGCCUGCUGGUUGAUAUCCUCGGGAAUUCCCAGCCUGAGAAUUUUCCACACCCAAAGGAUUGUGCCAGGCAGAAUCAGCAGCAGCACCCGAACCAGCGGAGAGGGAUGCAUAUGGUGAAGGGGAUUCUCACUCUUGACAUCACCAGCGACGCUUCAGACAACGACGAGAACGGGAACGACGAUGAUUAUGAUUUUCAUAAUGGUGAUAAUUUCUAUGGCUUCACCAGCAGUGCUUUUGAAGCGGGAUCCGAUGCUGAAUCCGACGCGGAUUCCUUCGCUACAACCGGGUGCACGGGCGGCUCGUGUGUCUCUACUCCCAGGAGGGAAGCUUCCAAGAAGCGGCCACCGCCCUCCGCCGGCCGGCCGCCGCGAUUCGAGCGGCAUGCGUCAGUGGGCUCCACGACCUGCGAGUCAACCCGGUCAACCGAGUCAACCCAGACGAUCCAGUCAACGCAGUCAACUCUGUCAAUUCAAUCGAUGCUCUCCCUACAGUCCUCGCAGUCAAUUCAGUCAACGCAGUCAACAUGGUCAACGCGGUCAACUCGAAUCCGACAGAGCGUGAGCACCCACAACACGCCCAGAGGGCCGACCCUCUCGCACUGGCAGCGGGAGGAGAAGUCUCCAAGCGGCACCUUGCUCGAGUGGAAGAGAGGCGGACUGCCCAGAUCAAGGCCGGGGAUCUUCAAAACCCAGCAGUCUCCCACUGCUGAGAAUCAGCAAUCCCCUAACCUGCCGUUUCCUGACCUGCACGAAGGCUGCGGCAGGGAAUCAGAAAGGGGGAGAGCCUGCGGGGAGAGGGGAGGAGCGGGUGGAGAGAGGGGACGAGGGGGAGAGAGGGGAGGAGUGGGUGCAGAGAGGGGAGGGGGUGCGGAGAGGGGGCGGUUGAGACGGCACGAGUCGAGUGAGAGCAGUCGGCUGGCGUCGGCUCUGCAGCAGCUGUGGCGACAGGGGUCGGGUGGGUGGGGCGUGGGCUGGCAUGCUGGCACCUCCCCUGCUGCUGCUAUCUCCCCUGCUGCUGCUAUCUCCCCUGCUGCUGCUAUCUCCCCUGCUGCCUCUACCUUACCUGCUGCUAGCCCCCCUUCUGGUACUGCUGAUGGUGGCUGGGCUUCUUCUGCGGCUUCCACUCCUGUUGCUGUUCGUACCAGUCCCGCUGCUGCUGCUGUUGCUGCUGCUGCUGCUGCCGCUGCCGCUCCUGCUGUUGGCCGUAAAGAUCCUGCCUCUGAGGCCAGCCCUGCUGGUCGUGCUGCUGCAGCAGCACACAAGCGAGCAGCGAGUGCGCUGUCCCUUCACGCCCUGGCGGCUGCUGAAGACGAAGAAACGGGUGAGAGGAGGCUGGGAGUGGGAAGGAGAAGCAACGACGGAGGAGUGAGGGAGGGAAGAGGAGGCAAGCAGUCUAUGGUGGCUGCAGCAGGUGCGGGGGUAUCCGGGGUGUGGGUUCCCCCUGGGGGCGGACUUAAAAUGGAUGGGGAAGGCAAAGAAGAGGACGGAUGGGCUCAUUCCGAGCUCGGGGCGGCCACCAUCCAUUCCUGGAAGCUUCCCCGGUCGCACACGGUGGGGUCCAGAUCCCGUGUAUCGAAAUCCGCGGGCUACGGGGCGGAUCUGAGGGCGCAGUAUGGCCUUGUGUCCAAGUCAGGCGAGUAUUGGGUGGAUAUGAGAGGUCAGUAUGGUGUGUCUAAGUCGGGUGGGCAUGGGGCGGACAUGCGGGCUAGUGUCCCUUCAGAUGCCUUCCUCCAAUCAGCUCUCUUUCCCACGUCCCUCAGCAGCCAAUCAGAGCAGCCGAGCGUGGUAACCAGCAGCGGCAGCAGCUACAGUGCGGCUGCUAGUCCCGAAUUGACGCCAGCUGCAAGGAGCGGCAGCAAUGCAGUCUUUGCUUCUAACAAGCUGCUGCCUUUUCGCAGCAACUCUGCAUCCGAAUCGUCAGGAUCUUCAGAACCAUCAGCAGCAGCAUCAGAGGGAGAAGCAGGGGAAGGGAACGCUGAGGCGCAGCCUCAAAUGGGAACUGGAGAGGAGGGCGGAGGGGUUCAGAGCGAGGAGGAUGGAGAGAGGAACAAUUUUCUUGCAGCGCAGAACCUGGGGGGAAGCAGCAAAGCCCUAAGCAAGAACAGCACGGGUGUUACUACAGAUGGGGAUUUCAGCAGCAGCAGGAAGGGAGUGGUAAAUGACGCCUCCGCUGCUCUUGCCGCUGCUUCUGACUAUGUGAUUAAAGCUGCUUCGGCAUUGGGUUUGAAGGGCCGGAGCACUGAAGAGGCAGGUGAAACUUUCGCUCGGGGAGUUCGGCCAAUCAUACACGAGGGACGGCCGUUGAUUCCGGAGCUGAAGCGACCCAUCUGGGAGAAACCGCCGCCCGGCGGGAAGGUUCCUGGAAAUGAGGAGUUUGCGCUGCGGAGGGAGAUGGUGGAAUUCAGAGCAGAAAAGAACGUGGUGGUAGUGACUUUCGCCAACCACGCUUUUAUGGAUUUCGUGCUAAACUGGGUGAAGCACCUCACAGAUCUGGGGGUUACCAACAUCCUCAUAGGUGCCAUGGACAAUGAAAUUCUCACCGCACUCUACCAGGAGGGCGUGCCUGUGUUCGACCUGGAGAGUGGCAUGAGCCCGGGGGACAGCAGCACUCUACCAGGAGGGCGUGCCUGUGUUCGACCUGGAGAGUGGCAUGAGCCCGGGGGACAGCAGGUGGGGCACGCAUGUUCGCAACAGUCUGUGUAUCCCCUGCUUCCCUUCCUUUGCCUAGGCGCCAUGGACCCCACCAUUCUGAAAGCACUCUACCAGGAGGGCGUGCCUGUGUUCGACCUGGAGAGUGGCAUGAGCCCGGAGGACAGCGGGUGGGGCACGCCAGUGUUCCAUGCCAUGGGGCGGGAGAAAGUGACUCUGGUCAACGUGUUCCUCUCCAUGGGGGUGGAAUUGCUUAUCUGUGACACGGACACUGUGUGGCUCAAGAACCCUCUGCCCUUCAUCGCUCGCUACCCAACAGCAGACGUCCUCACAUCCAGUGACCACCUUGUCCGCUCAGUUGAUGAUGAGUCCCUGGAGAAGUGGCAGCAAGGUGAGAGAGGGGCGAGUAGGCAUGCCAACGGCCUCCCCUUCCUGCAUAGGCAUUCUGAAUUCCGCCCCACCAACCCGGCCAAACGCCUCCUCUUCAUCUAUCCCCCAAUAAGUCAUCUCCCUCCCUUCCCCUCCCAACAUCUCCCCCUUCCUCUUCCCCACCCCCCAGCACAGAGCACGUACAACAGCGCGUACAACAUAGGCAUUCUGCACUUCCGCCCCACCGACCUGGCCAAGCACCUUCUCUUCCUUGUCAUCUCACAGAGCGCGUACAACAUAGGCAUUCUGCACUUCCGCCCCACCGACCCGGCCAAGCGACUAGCUCGAGCAUGGGCAGAACUCCUCGCUUCUGACGCUAAGAUAUGGGACCAGAACGGGUUCAACGAGCUCAUGAGGAAACACAUGGGGCCCGACGUGGAUCCUGCUGCUGCCGACCAUGUGUUCUGGGCGUUUGAUGGCAGUCUGAAGCUGGGGAUUCUGCCACUUUUCAGCACUUUCCCUCUCUCUCUCCCUGCUGUCCGGCCUUCAUCCCUCACCUCCUCAUAUCUCGUACUCCAUCUGCUAUCUUCCCCGCAGCAUCUGCACAAGGUGGUGGGUCUCGAACCGUAUGCUCUGCACGCCACUUUCCAGUUUGCUGGCACUCCAGGCAAGCGCCAUCGCUUCCGAGAGGCCAUGGCUUUUUACGACCCUCCAGAGUACUACGACCCGCCAGGUGGCAUCGUCUCAUUCGUCAACGACAUUCCCGAGGAGCUGCUGACGGGCGGCGAGCACACUCUCUCAACGCACUUCCACCUGGUCAACCACCAGCUGAAGAGCAUUCGUUCUGCUCUAGCUAUCGCCCUCAUUUUAAACCGGACCCUCGUCAUGCCAAGCACGUGGGCUCGAUUCGACCGCAUCUGGUACCCUCAUAAAGGCAUCCUCGAUAACACUGCAACGCCACAGCCGUUUCUCUGCCCACUCGACCAUAUCCUCAAUGUAGACAGGAUGCUUCCAGGGAAGCUUCCAGAAGAGGAGUUCGGGCCAGCAAUACCCUUUCGGGAAUAUUCUUUUCUUGACAACCCUCGUGUCCCAAAGGAGCUCCGAGCCUCCAAGCUCUCUGUGCGUAUCUGCAACGACACUGCUCCCGAUUGCCCCGUAGAAACGGACGCUCAGGAUCUUCCCAGAGCUCACACACUCGAUCUGGUGCUCAGGAAAGGCGUACGAGAGAAGCAGUUGCGGGAAGCAUUAUCUCGGUUUUCUGAUGUGAAGUGGAUCGAGUUCAGUUUUCUGCACGAUGUGUUUGGCGGGUGGGAUGACAAGGUGAGUGCUGGUGGAAGGACGUGGGGCAGAGAUCGGCACCCCCUCAGCAUGAAGGUCAACGUCUUUUCGCGAUCUGGAAAAGAGAUCGUCAAAGGCGGCCUCCAACUUCCCGAUGAGGCCUCCGUAGCAGAUCUCCAAAAAGUCCUUCACAAAACGACGCCAGCGUCAGGAGCCAAACCCGUCGUUCUGGACGCCAAAAAGCGACUCGCGGAGUACUCUACAGGAACCACAUUGGACGUCGUCUUUAAGGAUCUCGGCCCUCAGAUCGGCUUUAAGACGGUCUUCUUCUGGGAGUACUUCGGUCCUCUGGUCCUCUACUCGCUCUUCUACUUCUUCCCGCAAGUGUUCUAUGUGGACGGUGCCAAGAGGAAGCUUAAAGAUGUCCAGACCUACGCACUCAUCUACUGGUCAUUCCACUACACGAAGCGCAUCUUCGAGACGUUCUUCGUCCACCGUUUCAGCCACGGCACGAUGCCGCUUCAGAACCUGUUCCGUAACUGCGGUUACUACUGGACCUUCGCAGCUUUCGUAUCGUUCUUCGUGAACCACCCGCUGUACACCCCAGUCAGCGAGACCCAGAUGAUGAUCGGAUUCGGCAUUGCUAUAGUCAACCAGCUCUCCAACCUCUACUGUCACAUCAUUUUGAGGAACCUAAGGUCCGGCUCGAGCUCGGGGUACCAGAUUCCGUCGGGCUUCCUGUUCAACUUCAUCACGUGCGCCAACUACACGACGGAGAUCACGGCGUGGCUGGGAUUCAACAUCGCCACCCAGUCCGUCGCCGGCUACCUCUUCAUGCUCGCCGGCGCCAUGCAGAUGGCCGAGUGGGCGCUCGCCAAGCAUAAGCGCCUCGUCAAGCUCUUUGAUGGCAAGGAGGGUCGCCCCAAGUACCCUCGGCGGUGGAUCAUGCUCCCUCCUUUCUUCUGA